AAUGUUCGUUACGGUCUCGUUGUCAAAAGUAUUUUGACAUGAGUCAACUGUGAAACGAGUUUAGUAAAUUUGUCUUGACUUUUUUUUAAUGUUUUUUUGGAUUUGAACAUUACUUAAUGUUUAUCACAAAUGCGAAUAGCCUGGAGACAUUCUAUCGGAACUACAGGAACUAUUCUUCUUUGCUGAUUCCUAAAUAGUCUGUCCACCAUGAGUCUAAAAACCCUGUCCCUGACGGUGCUGCUCUUCCUGAAUCUGUGGCUCAGUGGGAUCAGGAGUCCAGCUUCAGCCUCAGAGCUGCAGGAACAGCCCAAAAAGAUCGCUGUGGUCGGAGCGGGCAUCGGCGGCACCGCAGCAGCGUUUUACCUGCGGCAGGAGUUCGGAGCAGGGGUGAAGAUCGACGUGUUUGAAUCUGGAACCGUGGGAGGCCGACUGGCUACGGUGAAGAUGGGUGACCACGAGUACGAGUCGGGAGGUUUACGUAUCCAUCCUUUGAACCUGCACCUGAAGCAUUUUGUUGAAAAAAUAGGUAUUCCUCCCAGAAAAAACGUGGCCUCUAAAAUGGCCAUCUUUGACGGGAAGGAACUCGUGUUUGAAGAGAGCGACUGGUUCAUAAUCAAUUUCUUUCGAAUGCUCUGGAGGUUUGGGUUCAACUUGCUGCGGAUGCAGAUGUGGGUGGAGACUGUGUUGGACAAAUUCAUGAGGAUCUACCAGUACCAGCAGUACGGCUACGCCUUCACCACUGUGGAGAGACUCUUACACGCCAUGGGCGGUGACAGCUUCCUGACCCUGAUCAACCAGACCCUGGAGGAGACCAUGAUGAGUGAAGGCUUCUCACAGACCUUCCUCAAUGAUAUGGUGUCGCCCAUCACUCGUGUCAGCUUCGGUCAAAGUGUCCGCAUCCACGGCUUUGUGGGGGCCUUGUCUUUAACCGGGGCAGAUUCGGCCAUGUGGGCAGUGGAUGGAGGCAACAAGAGACUAUGCUUAGGGCUACUGUACCACAGUAAGAGUGAACUGAUUCCUGCCACAGUGACUUCUGUCGGAAUCGAGGUUCGACCUUCUAAGAAAGGCCCCACAACCAGCUUCUACAAAGUCAACUACGUCGGUGAAUCCGGCUCAGCUCACGAUCUGUACGACAUUGUGGUUAUUGCAACUCCGCUCCACCAGGGAAAAUCCGACAUCACCUUCUCAGGCUUCUCCCCUCCGCUCCCUUCUCACUAUCCUGGACGCUACCACCAGACAGUGUCCACUCUGGUCAACGGCGUGCUCAACGUGUCGUACCUGGGGAGCACGAAGCUCGCCUCGGACUUCACGGUGUCUGAAGUCCUCACCAAAGAGUCCAAGGACUCCGUCAUCCACAGCCUGGCGUCCCUGGACCCCGUGCACAUCCCGCAGGGUUACAGUCGACCUCCUGCCAGUCACUCCAAAGUCUGGAGGGUCUCCUCUCCUCACCCACUGUCUCGGGAGCAGCUCCAGAACAUCUUCACCUCCUGGGACUCCGUGUCUGAGACCCGGUGGUUGGCCUACCCUGCGUACCGCCCACCGCAUCGUAAGACCCCCCCGUUCAUCCUACACAACCGCCUGUACUACCUCAGCGCCGUGGAUUGGGCCGCUAGCACCAUGGAGAUGAGCGCCAUCUCUGCCAGGAACGUGGCACUGCUCGCCCACCAUCGCUGGCACCAACAGGGCACCAAGAUCGACCAGGAAGACCUGCACACCAGAAUGAGGGGAGAACUUUGAGAACCAAGAGCGGUGGUUGAGUAGAGUAUACAGCCUAGCAGACGCUAACAGGUGAGUAUGCUACAGUGUGGUAACUCCAGUCCGGAGUCUGAGGUGUUCCCACCUCUUCGGAACUCAAGCCUGGUCUUAUUUUUUUGCCGUUUUGACCAACUUUUCUAUUGAUAACAGAUCAUUGUACUUGAAGUGAUUGCUGAGAUUUAAUCGGUACUAAGUCAUUGUUUACAAAAGUGAAGUGUGAACAAAUGUUUGAUGAUCCAGCCAAUUAGGUGCCCUCCCCUCACAAAAACACACCCCAAGUUCUUCCAAAAAAAAACCAUCCAGUCAUUUUGACUGUAACUGCAGCUCAGUUUUUUCCUAGGGCAGCGUGCAGUGCAGGCACAGAGGCAUUAAUAGUGGAAAAGUGACUUGUUUGGCUCCCGUAGAACAGAUUCAGCCAUAACCUGCUGCCCUUUUAUAAAAUGAUUUGUUAUUGUUGUCACUGGUAAACUUUCUAGCUAGCAUUAAAAUGACCUGCUAACAACACUGCCCCUGCUGGAGGAAGCUACCAGCAAAAAACAGCACAAAUACCAGCAAACUGUGUCAUUGUGAGAAAACGUGUACUUUUUUUAUUAUUUUUCUAUCCUGUUUUAAAUAUGGCACAGCAACAGAGAUCAGCCUCUAGGUGGUGCACUGUUUUUCUCUCAGUGAUUGCUGAUUAAAUGCUACUGUCUCUUAAUUGAUCGCGAUCUCCUUCGCUCCUCUACCUCGUCACUCACUGCUGUGUUCGUGUUGGUGAGAGCAGCCUGUUUGGUCACUGAGGUUUUUUUUAUUAAAAAAAAAAAAGUUAGCACGAUAAAAUAAAUUAUGUAUUUUCUAAUCUUUUUAAAUAAAUUCACAUACUUGUCUUAUAUAUUUGGUGGGAGUCACACACUAAUCACACUUGGAAUGGAGUGGAACGCGGUGCCUUAAAGUUAAACUCUAAAUACGUUUGACUGAAGGGAAAUGUUUUUAGAAUCAAACCAAUUUAUUUCUGUAUAUUUAUUGAAUUGUGCCAAAAGUUUUUUUUUUAAUCUAAUCAUACGUUGCUAAAAUCACCAAAUUGUUUCUCAACACUAUUUAGAAAAUAUUUGCUGAGUAUUUUCUCAAGCACCUUAAGUUGUGUAUUGUUCUAAACUUUGAGUUUAAAGAAGCUCUGCAGUGGUGUCACGUGCACUUCAACUGAUCCAAAGAAUUUAGUUUUGUUCAGGAGUUCGUACGUUUGUGACAAAACCCCUUCUUAAAUGAUAAUGAUUAAAAAAAAAUAACAUUAUUAAGAAAAAAUAGAAUGUGGAAUCAACAAGAAAAUACUGUUUACAGUGACAAUAAAGUAAUGAAACAGUA